AUGAAGGACAGCAACACAGUCGUCCAAGAGUUCAACGAGGUCGUUAACAUGACGGCCCAGGAGCUCGAGCAGUGGCUCAAGUCGGACGACUCGCAGAGCGCCGGGUGGCCCAAGGACGACGGCGGCGACGACGCCGACGGCGAGUCGGUCGGGCACGACAGCGGGCGCCGGAUCGUCGAGAUUCUCGAGUCGAACCCGGACAAGGACCCCGAAAAGUACACCGAGGACCAGGUCCAGCACAUGCGCAAGGUGGUGUCGUACUGCAAUCGGCACCUCGCGCAGGAGGAAAAGGCAAACGACGAAAAGUCGGCCGACGAGGUCAAAAAGACCAAGUCGUACGCCUCGCUCAAGAACUGGGGCCACGAUCCCCUCAAGAAGCGCGCCGGCGGUGGCUCCAAGGAGGACGACGGGGCCGAGGGGACCAACGGCGACCAGCAGGCGGGAGACAAGCGCAAGGCGCCCGCGGACAAGGGAGACGAGGGCAACGGCGAGGGCCCCAACAAGAAGCGCGAGACCGAGCAGGGCGAGUCGGCCAACGGCGGCGACGAGGAGGACAGCGGCAAGAAGGCCGAGGCCAAGACCAACAAGGACGGCGACGGCGACGGCGAAUCCAAGGCCAAGGCCAACGGCGAGAGCAACAAGGGCUCUGGGGACAAGAGCGACGGCCAGAAGAGCAACGGCAGCGGCGGCAAGGGAGCCGAGAACGGCCCCGAGGUGGGCGAAACCGUGAGCUGGAACUGGGGCAACGGCCAGCCCGAGGGCAAGGUCCUGGACGUCAAGGACGAAAAGACGACCAUCACGACCAAGCGCGGCAACGAGGUGUCCCGCGACGGCGACCCCGAGGACCCGGCCGUGGUGCUGGACACGGGCAAGUCCAAGGCCAUCAAGUCUGCGCACGAGCUCAACGACUAG